AAUGCGUGGAUCAUAUAGUUUACGAUGUAAUGCCGCGGUGACAUCCUACAAUGAAGGCCCUAGACGUUUGUACUCAUUACAUAAAAAAAUUUCUAAGCGUAGUCCUGGAAUAUUUACUAAAAAGUACAUAUCAAAAUCUAUUUUAAAAAGUGAAUCCAGAAGUAAACGACGACUCUUUCAUCCUCCUGUCUAUAAUAAAACAGUACAUGGACCAGAUGAACAUUAUGGAGCUACAGCGGAUUUAACUACUUCUCCAGAUAUGUCUAAAGAAGAAUAUGAAAUUAAAAAAGAUAUUUUUUUAUCUCGUUUGAAACUUACCGGAGAACAAAUAGAGCAAAUUGAAAAAGACACACGGCGACAAAAUGAAUGCACAGAGUGGCAUCUGCACAGGAAAAAAAGAUUAACUGCUUCUUAUUUCGGUAAAAUAUGCAAACUUAGAGUUAAAACAUCACGAGCUAAAACUGUUUCGAAUAUUUUGUACGGUUCAUUUAGUGGAAAUAAUGCAACAAAAUAUGGAACACAAAACGAAGAAAACGCAAAAUGUGCAUUAUCUGGAAUUUUAAAUAAAACUAUUGUACCGUCGGGAUUAAUUAUUGAUAAAGAUUUGCCGUUUUUAGCUGCUUCUCCAGAUGGUCUGAUUGAUGGAGAUUCACUGGUUGAAAUCAAGUGUCCAAUAACUUCUAAAGAUCUAACUCCUGAAGAAGGUAUAACAAGAAAAAAAAUUACAAGUUGUGAAAUUGUGAAUGGGCAGCUUCGAUUGAAACGUACGGAUACAUUUUAUUACCAAGUACAAGCUCAACUUCAUAUUUCAAAGAGACAAUUUUGUUAUUUUUGUAUUUGGACACCUCGAGGUAUGCUGCAUGAAAAAAUUAAAAGAGAUGACAAUUUUUGGUCAGAAAAAAUGUUACAACAAUUAACUAACUUCUACUAUCACUGUUUAUUGCCAGAAAUGGUUGAUUCUCGAUUUUAUAGAAAUUUACCUAUUAGGGAUGGACUUGCAUCAGAAAAUGAAGAUAGUUCCUAG